AUGAGCACCAUGCGCCUGCUGCUGCUCGCCGUGCUCGUCUCCUUCUCCUUCGCCCGCGCCGGCUGCGAGCCCAAGAUCGUCAACAUCGGCGCGGUGCUGAGCACCAGGAAGCACGAGCAGCUCUUCCGCGAGGCGGUGAGCCAGGCCAACAAGCGCCACGGCACGUGGAAGAUCCAGCUGAACGCCACCUCCGUCACCCACAAGCCCAACGCCAUCCAGAUGGCCCUGUCCGUCUGCGAGGACCUCAUCUCCAGCCAGGUCUAUGCAAUAUUAGUUAGUCACCCACCUGCUCCAAAUGAUCACCUAACACCAACACCUGUAUCAUAUACAGCUGGCUUCUACAGGAUUCCUGUCAUUGGUCUGACAACACGCAUGUCUAUAUAUUCUGAUAAGAGCAUCCACCUGUCCUUCCUGCGCACUGUCCCACCGUACUCUCACCAGUCCAAUGUCUGGUUUGAGAUGAUGCGAGUGUACAACUGGAAUCACAUCAUACUAAUAGUCAGUGACGACCAUGAGGGUCGCGCUGCACAGAAGAAGCUGGAGACGCUGCUGGAAGAGAGAGAAUCCAAGGCUGAGAAAGUUCUUCAGUUUGACCCGGGAACCAAAAACGUGACUUCACUGCUGCUUGAAGCGAAGGAGCUGGAGGCUCGGGUUAUCAUCCUCUCUGCAAGUGAGGAUGACGCUGCCACAGUGUACAGAUCGGCAGCCAUGCUGAAUAUGACGGGCUCAGGAUACGUGUGGCUGGUGGGGGAGAGAGAGAUAUCUGGCAAUGCCCUGCGAUACGCCCCUGACGGCGUGAUUGGUUUGCAGCUCAUUAACGGGAAGAACGAGUCAGCUCACAUCAGCGAUGCCGUCGCAGUGGUAGCUCAGGCAGUGCAUGACUUAUUCGAGAAGGAGAAUAUCACGGACCCCCCGAGAGGCUGCGUUGGGAACACCAACAUCUGGAAGACUGGCCCUCUUUUCAAGAGAGUGUUGAUGUCGUGCAAGUACACUGAGGGCGUGACCGGGAGAGUGGAGUUCAAUGAAGACGGGGACAGGAAAUUCGCCAAUUACAGCAUCAUGAACCUGCAGAACCGGAAACUGGUUCAAGUUGGGGUUUACAAUGGCAGCCAUGUCCUGCCCAAUGACCGGAAGAUCAUCUGGCCGGGGGGAGAGACAGAGAAACCUGCGGGCUAUCAGAUGUCAACCAAAUUGAAGAUUGUGACAAUUCACCAAGAGCCCUUUGUGUACGUGAAAGCAACACAAGCCGAUGGAACAUGUAAGGAAGAAAUUACCAUCAAUGGAGACCCCGUGAAAAAGGUCUUUUGCACUGGACCCAAUGAGACCAUCCCAGGCCGCCCCACUGUGGCGCUGUGCUGCUAUGGCUUCUGCAUCGACCUGCUGAUCAGACUUGCAGGGGUGAUGAAUUUCACCUACGAAGUUCACCUGGUUGCUGAUGGUAAAUUUGGCACGCAGGAGCGGGUCAAUAACAGCAAUAAGAAGGAGUGGAACGGGAUGAUGGGGGAGCUCCUGAGCGGCCAGGCAGACAUGAUCGUGGCGCCCCUCACCAUCAACAACGAGCGUGCGCAGUACAUCGAGUUCUCCAAGCCCUUCAAGUACCAGGGGCUCACCAUCCUGGUGAAGAAGGAAAUCCCCCGCAGCACCCUCGACUCGUUCAUGCAGCCUUUCCAGAGCACGCUGUGGCUGCUGGUGGGACUCUCCGUGCAUGUGGUGGCCGUGAUGUUAUAUCUCUUAGACCGGUUCAGCCCCUUUGGCCGGUUCAAGGUUAACAGCGAGGAAGAGGAGGAAGACGCACUGACCCUCUCCUCGGCCAUGUGGUUCUCUUGGGGAGUGCUGCUGAACUCGGGGAUCGGAGAGGGUGCUCCCCGGAGUUUCUCUGCUCGUAUCCUUGGCAUGGUGUGGGCUGGCUUUGCUAUGAUCAUUGUGGCUUCCUACACUGCCAACCUGGCUGCCUUCCUGGUGUUAGACAGACCUGAAGAGAGAAUCACAGGCAUUAACGACCCUAGGCUGCGGAACCCCUCCGAUAAGUUCAUCUACGCCACGGUGAAGCAGAGCUCGGUGGACAUUUACUUCCGGCGGCAGGUGGAGCUGAGCACCAUGUACCGGCACAUGGAGAAGCACAACUACGAGAGCGCUGCCGAAGCCAUCCAGGCCGUCAGGGACAACAAGCUCCACGCCUUCAUCUGGGACUCGGCAGUGCUGGAGUUUGAAGCCUCCCAGAAGUGUGACCUGGUGACAACGGGGGAGCUUUUCUUCCGCUCUGGCUUUGGGAUUGGGAUGCGCAAAGACAGCCCCUGGAAGCAGAACGUCUCCCUGGCCAUCCUCAAAUCCCACGAGAACGGCUUUAUGGAGGAUUUGGACAAGACUUGGGUGAGGUAUCAGGAGUGUGAUUCCCGUAGCAAUGCCCCAGCAACACUCACCUUUGAAAAUAUGGCAGGUGUAUUUAUGCUGGUGGCUGGAGGUAUUGUUGCCGGGAUAUUUUUAAUAUUCAUAGAAAUAGCUUACAAAAGGCAUAAGGAUGCGCGGAGGAAGCAGAUGCAGCUGGCGUUUGCGGCCGUUAAUGUGUGGCGGAAAAACCUGCAGGAUAGAAAAAGUGGUAGAGCAGAACCUGACCCUAAAAAGAAAGCCACUUUUAGGUCCAUCACCUCCACCCUGGCCUCCAGCUUCAAGAGACGUAGGUCCUCCAAAGAUACGCAGUAUCAUCCCACUGACAUCACCGGGCAGCUCAACCUCUCCGACCCCUCAGUCAGCACUGUGGUGUGACGUCCUCCAGCAGGAGCCAUCAGUCCCUAGUUUAAGACAGCCCAGCCCAGGACUUCCUUUCAAAGGGACACUGAUGGGUCCUUACUGGUGAGUCAAGAGGGAUGCAUCCUCCAUCCAUACGCAGUGACUUCAUUGUCUCUCUCCUGCCCUUCCUGGUCCCACUGACACGUAACGCCCCAGAUUGCACUACAGAACUAGGGACCAUUCUGGAGCUGCACUGUACAGAGAUGAUCACUUCCACGUCAUGCUAUGUUUUACUCAGUAUUGCCACUGGCUGCAGAUGAGUUGGAAUUAAGGCAAGAGGAGACGGCUCUGAAUGGCCCACGGCACCUGGCCGUCUCAUGGAGCAGCGGCAGGAAAGGCAGGGAAGGAGUGGAUGUUGCAUCCUUUGCAGGGGGUGGAGGACAAUUUGCUGAGACCUUGUUUGUUCCUAAGUGCGUGUAUGGACUAUCAUAGCCUCUGCCACAUACUUCACAUGCCACAGGAGGACUGUGAUGUGGUCUGGUAGCACUGGAGCUGCUGGUUCCUGUCCAUAGCUCAGCACGCAAGGCACAUGUCUGCCUCUGUUCUGGUGUCGUCGUUUCAGGGAGCGGGUGCAGCCACACAGUCCGUUGAUGAAACAUGUUCCCUCUGGCUACAGUUGGGAAGAGCCUUUUCUCCAGCUCUCUCCAUUUCCAGAUGAUGAUAAAGUCCACAGCUCCCUAUUCACCCACCCCUCCUGUCUGCACCAAUCCAGCCCCUGCCCUGCACCCACAUUAGCCAUCUGUUUCUACAUGGCCAUUUGCUAUAUGAGUAACAUUGGCACCACCUCCCUCCCUCCCUCAGCUCCCCACUGCUGGCACCACUCCACCCUGCUGUGACAGAGGUGGCUCGGAGAAGCAUUGCUGGCUGCUCGGUGAGGUCCUGUCAGUGUGUUUUGAGCUCCGCCUUGAGGCCGUCUGCACACAAGACAUUUGUACGGGCCAGGCCACACUGAGCCCCGCUGCAGAUGGAUGCUCAGCCCAGCAACGCCAUGUUUAGUAAUAAGGCAAAGCAGCCUUGGUACCAGGCACUGGCGCGCACUGAGAUCACUGCUCUGGAUAGUUUGGUCCAUCCCUUGUCUUUGCCAUCCACCUCGCUGCCCCAGCAUCUCCAUAGCUCACGCUGCAGCAAUGUACUUCAUAGCAAACGGCCAAAGGCUUUCUGCCCUGUCCCCUCACAGGGGCUAGACUGACGUUCCUGCUGAAUGCCCUCAAGUGCUUCUAGUGUCACAGCGUGGCCUCCCAGCACCACUAACGAGGGCUGUUGUGAGCAGUGUGCCCUGGGCAUGAAUACGGUGCUACACACACACUGGCAGGAUCCUUACCCACCGGACCUGCACUCACCAUUAAACCGGAAAAGCGAGCUCACUAGCGCCACCACCAGGCCUCCUCUGAACAUGCCACAAGAGCUCGCAGUCAGCCUGGCACCACUGGCAUCUCUACAGUCAGCGCCUAGGCACAGCCCACCCAUCGUGGUGACCGAGUCACCACCACACAUUCAACGGACGAGCCGCAGAAGAGGGGGCGCUCGGAGGGACACUUGCCCAUUCCCAAGGUUCUUGUCCAUGCUCUGCCCGAUUCAUCCCGCCUCGUACGUCUCCAGGUGCCGUCGUCUCCUGUCAGGCAGCGGGGAAUGAACGUGGCCAGCAGUGCCGGCCUGGAACCCUACUGCACUGUCUAGUCAAUUCUCUAGCAACUGCACAGCAGGCAGGCGCUCCCCCGUGUACAGUGUGUCGUGUGCGUGCAAAGCUGUUGGUCUAUUUAACUCUUGCAUGUGGAAUGUAGAUACAUUUUUUAAAAGCAAACCUGUCUGCAGUGUGACACUCCAACGCAGCCCCACCUGGGUGCACUGGCCGCUCUAUGCCACGGCGUGGCGUAGCGGCAGCUACCUUCCCCUCCAGUACUUUAACCCCCAGGGCUGCUGGCCACUGCAGAAGGAAUUGGACUGUACAGUAUUUCCAGACUCAGUGGGCCAGAUCCUCAGCUGGCAUGAAUCA